AUGAAAGUUCAAGAAAUGUCCGCUCCUAAUGUUGAUCAAUUUAGAAUAAUUGAACCUUUAACCUCCUCGAUAUUCCUUUUUAUUGAUGGGGCUGAGACCACAUAUAGCUCGAGGAUUGGAUGGAAGCCGCUCUCAAAGGAGAUAAUUGAAACUUUACAACUUGAGCCUCUCUUGAAAGAAUUCAAUCUUACUAAUGUGCUUUGUGAUGGUAUAGAGGAUAUCAAUGCCUUGACUGUUUUAAGUGAGCCCAUAAUUAAUAGCGCUGCUUUUAUCUCACUGCCCAUUAAUGGAUCAGUGACAUCCAACACUUCAGAACCAACUAUCUCUCAUAAAAUCUCCUUCAAUGACAUUGUAACAUUACUUCCAGACAAGGAGUUGACUGAUGAGCAAGUUUCAAAUCUAGAUUGUAUAUGCCACGAAUUAUCAAUCGAUAUCAUAAUUCCGUCCCUAAAACAUAAUAAUACCAAUUGCGACCUCUACAUCUUAGGAAAGGAAUGUAAAGUAUUAGCAGCCAAACAUCAUGUUCUUGCAUUGCUAGAUGUGAUGAAAUCAACAGUUACUACUGAUUCCAAGAGAACACGAUUAAAAGUAGAUACUCUCGAAUUGAAUUUCCUUCAUGAAGAUCCCGUUCCUCUGGAUAUCCAUCCCGCAACCAUCCAAUACGUUAAAUCAACUUACAAGACAAAUAUAUACCAGCCACAUCUAAAUGAUGGCAACUUGUUAGAUAAAGAAAAGACCAUUUACUUGUCCAGCGAGGUACAUUCAUUCCUACCGAUUGUGAAGAAAAUGCUGAUGGAUAUUCUUAAAAGUAGGACACCAACAUACUAUAAAUCUCUCUCAGGUAUUUCUCCAGGGAAACUAAGAUACAUAAGAAGAUUUUGUAGGGAGACGGUGGACAAGAUAACUUUGAAAUUCCAAUGCUCUAUAUACAUUUCAUCAGAGAAGGCGGAAUUUUGUUCUACAUCGAAGGAACUAUUAAUUUUAGCGAUAAGAUAUUUCACAAUACAUGUUUUGCAGCAAAUUACGGAAAUUCAAUUAAUUUUCGAUGAUAAUUCCACAAUUGAUGAUCAAUUAUUAGAACAUGUUUUGCACGAAGAUUUAAUUAUAGUACAGGACUCUCAACAAGAGAACCAAUUAUUAAUCAUCGGUAAUCAUACAACCAAAUCAACUGACAUUAUUGAAAAAUUAAUUAAAAUAUUUGCUUCUUCUGACUUAUCUAAAUAUGAUGUGUUACAGUGGAAAGCAAUAUUUGAAUUAGACCCAUCAUUCGAAGAAUUUAUAUCAGGUAAAAAGAAUGGCAAACUGACAAGAAUACUGGACGCGAAUCAUGAUUCACUACUAAAAUUAGAGCGCUUGAAAGAAGAUGAAAGGUUAUUUCUACAUUUGAUUCAUACGUCAUCAUUAACUAAUUUCCAAACUGCCUUUAAUUUGGUGUUAAAUGAAUUACCGGCAGAAGAUUCGUUUUACAUACCUGAACUUUAUCAUAGACCUGUAAUAGGUUCAGGUGGUUCGAUCAUCCAAACUACAAUGCGGAAACAUAAUGUGUUCAUUCAAUUUUCUAAUAGUUUCUUAUUACCUCAGGAGAAGUCAUCUUUAAUCAGAUAUGAUAAUGUAAUCAUUAGGUGUCCAUUUAAAAAUCACAAUAAUAUAAUAAUUGCCAAGAACGACUUAAUUAAUAUGGUUGAUAAUUUUGGAUCAAUGCAAACAAUUGUGAAAGUCCAUAUAUCAUUGACUCAAUAUCGAUUCCUUUUAAGCAAUUAUGGUGGAUCAAUUAUAGGUACAUUGGAAAAAGCUCACAACGUCUAUAUAAUGUUUCCAUUAUCCGUUCCAACUGAUAAUUUUGUUUUGACUAUUAAAGGUAUGGAAGAAAACCCUUCAAAAGCUGCAACUGAUCUUAUUAACUCCUAUUUUGGCUUUGAAAUGGAAAUUAAAAUGACCAAAAACUUCACGGAGGAGUCUUUAAGUAUAUUUGAAAACCAAGUCAUAGCUAACUUUGACGAACGCUUUAAUGCAAAAAUAGCAGUGUUGAAUAAAAGUAUUUUAAUAACAUAUAAUAAGGAAAGUGCUGAUAGUCUGCAAAUGUUAUUGAAAGACUUGAGUAAUUACGCACAAUGGAGAAAAGCAGACAUUGUUUCAAGAAACGAAAGAAAUGACUUUAUUAUUCAUGAAGAUGUCAUAUCGAAAAAUGAAGAAACAUAUUCUCCAGUCAAAAAUUCAUAUGUGGGGUUAAUGCAGCAACCUAAUGUAAGGUUGAGUAUACCGAACAAUAGUAUAGACUACCGCCAAUACCAAUAUCCCAAUUUCAAUAUUGAUAGUCAAUCCCCGACAAAGCUUCCAUUUGACUACACUAUAUCAAAUAAUGGAAAGGAGGGCAGUUUGAUGGGUGUUGCAGUUAUGGGCCAACAAAGUCAAACUGGUUCACCUCAAAAAAAAAAUAGAUAG